AUGGUCAAGUCUACAAUUGUCGCUGCUGGUCUUUUGGCCGGUGCCUCUGUUGCCAAUGCUCAACUUGGUCCCCCAAGCGCUCAAAAGCAGUUCUCUCAAGAGUUCCAAGAUGGUAACAGUGUUUUGAAACACUUUGGUGGUUGGGGUCCUUACUCUGACAGAACCUCUUACGGUAUUGACCGUAACACUCCUUCCAACUGUGAGGUCGAUCAAGUGUUCAUGCUCAUGAGACAUGGUGAGAGAUACCCUGAUGCUUACAUGGGUGGCCCAAUGGUCGAGACUUACCAAAAGAUCAAGUCUAAUGUUAAGAACUUUGUUGGUUCUUUGUCAUUCUUGAACACUUGGCAGACUACUUUGGAUGAUCCCAACAUGUGGUCUCAAGAGACCUACUCUGGUCCUUACUCUGGUCUUGCCACUGGUUACAGAGUCGGUGUUGAAUACCGUGAUCGUUAUGGUCACCUGUGGCACGGAAACCAAGUCCCUAUUUUCACUUCUGGUUAUGAGCGUGUCAUUAACACUGCUAGAAGAUUUGGUGAGGGUUUCUUCGGUUAUAACUACACCGACGCCGCUUUCCUUAAUAUCAUUCCCGAAGAUGCUACUGAGGGUGCCAACUCUUUGACCCCUACUUGUUUCGCACCUGUUAACAGUGUUCCUAACUAUGAGAUUGUUUCCGAGGCCGAAUUGGCCCCAUUCCCUGCUUUCCAGGCUGCUGCAGACCGUCUGAAUGCUGAGAACCCCGGUCUUAACGUCAACCUCACUGAUGUUUACAACCUCAUGUUGCACGCUCCUUUCGAGUUGAACGCUCGUUCUUCCAGCCCUUGGGUUGAUGUUUUCACUCUUGACGAGUGGCAAAGUUUCAAGUACAUGCAAUCCUUGAUGUACUACUACUUGGCAGGUCCUGGUUUGAACUCCACUGUUCCCGCCGGUGCUGUUUUCGCCAACGCUACUCUUACUGCUAUGAAUCAAGGUCCUGAUCAGGCUGGUACCAUGUUCUGGAACUUUGCUCACGACGGUAACAUUACUCCUGUUCUUGCUGCUUUGGGUUUGUUGGUUCCUCCUUCCGACCUUCCUACUGAUAGAAUUGUUCACGACACUGUCUACUCUAUGUCUGACAUUGUCCCCAUGGGUGCUCACUUGGUCCUUGAGAGAAUGACCUGUACUGCUCCUACCGGUGCUAGCAACAGCACCAACAGCACCGGCUCUUUCAACAGCACUGAUUCAUCUUCUGACAACGAAGAUGUUUUUGUCCGUGUUCUGCUUAACGAAGCUGUUCUUCCUUUCGAGGACUGUCAAAACGGACCUGGUUACUCUUGUCCUCUUACCAACUACACUGCCAAGCUUCAAUCUACUCUUGUUGAUUAUGCUAAGGUCUGUCAAGUCCCCAAGGAGUACCCUCAAUACCUUUCUUUCUUCUGGGACUACAACCAAACCAACUCUCUCAACUAUCUCCAAGGCGAGAUUGCUUCCCAAUUAACUGAUACCACCUGGGAUGACAAGCCUGCUGCUUAA